GACAGUGUGGACUUACACGCGGGAGCUGCUACAAGAAGUCAGACAGGCUUCUGCCCACCUGAACAACACAGCUUCCUCCGGCUCCGUGAAUCCCGUUUUCAACAGACUGGUGACUGAGUGGACGAUCCGCUAAAGACAUCAGAGGAAAAAAACGUUUCUGACAUGCACUUUGAUAAAUCGCCAAAAGAGAAGCCGUGUUGCACCCUGCCCACAGUGAAAAAACUCUUGGAGCAGAAGAGAAGACGUGGGUCGUUGGCUGUGCCACCACCCUGCUCUACUGCCAGCACAAGCCCUCUUCCUAUAACUACUGUGACAGACUUGUCUUCCUCAGAACCAUUUACCUGUACAGGUGCAGCAAUCAGCUACUCAGACAUGGCAGUAAGCUAUGAACCAUGGGCCACAACUCCUGAGUCGACACUCAGUUAUUACACCAACCAUCCAGGACCUAGCUAUGCUGCAUCCUACAACCUUCCAAUAGCACCUGAAUACAGCACCCAGCAGCAAGUCCAAGGAUUUGUAGAUCCAAUGCCUCAUUCAUAUCAGGACUACCAAAUGGGAGUCACAGAUUCCACUGUGGUUUCGUCUUGGCCACUUCCAGGACCCAGUCAGACCACACAGCAGAUUUUUGGUCCACCCAUGGAUGCCUCCAAGUUAGAAGAGGCCAGGAUGUUGCUCAGUGGGAUGGACUACUGCAGAGCUACCUGUCAAGAUGAAGAUGGAGAUACCAUCCUGCACAUCUACACUGCCAAGGGACUGAGGGAGUGUGCCUAUGCUGCUGCAGAAAAGCUGAGGGAUGUGGGGAGGCUCGAUGCGAAAGAACACAAAGGAAAAACUGCUUUGCUGGUGGCAGUGACGGCAAACCAUCCGGAGAUUGUACAAGAUCUGUUGUCGUUAAGGGCAGACAUCACCGCUUGUGAUGUUAAAGGACAAACUGCACUUCAUCUGGCUGCUCACUAUGGAUUCCCUCAGGUUCUGCAGGUAAUUCUGUCUAACAGACCAUCUGUCAACCUGGAGGCUCGCAAUUUUGAAGGUAUGACUCCUCUGCACUGUGCAGCCAUUUCUCACAGUGUCACCGUCAAGGCCCUGUCCACCAGCGGGCCAGCUGAUGUUAAUCUUCAGGCCAAAGCUGCAGAGAAGCUGUCGUGUGUGCAGUUGCUACUGAGUGCAGGGGCUUCCCUUCUCAGCCAGGAAAUCAAAAGCAACAAGACAGUCCUGCACUUGGCUGUAAAAGAGGGGAAUAUUGACCUGGUGCGCUAUCUGCUGAGGUUUCCCCUGCCAAACAUGAAAGACUUUGUCAAUAUGAAAGCUCAUGGCCACACAGCUUUACACAUGGCGGCUGGUCUCCAUGGUAACCCUCACCAGAAGGAUAUUCUCCAGCUGCUGCUGGGCAGAGGAGCUGAUCCCAGUAUCCGUAACCUGGAGAAUGACCAGCCGGCUCACCUGCUGCAGAGUGAUGAGCAGGGAGAGCAGCUCAAACUCAUGUUGAAGAAACGAAGUGCUUCUUCUCGACGACGCAUCGUGUCCUUGCAGGACCAGGAAUGAUUGAAAUCACUUGUAAUUCCUGUUUAGAGGGAAUGAGUUGGUUCCUCUAUUGAGAAGGGGAUGCUGCUUUUACGGUUAUAAGAUUUUGGGAGUCUAGCCUAUACAUUUGGUGUAUUAAUCUCUACAUUUAUUGAUAUUCACGUUUUAUUUUUUAUGACAAAUUAAGCUUUAAUAAUUAAAUUUGCUUUGUUACAUUAGGUGUUUAUGAAACCAUAAACACCUGCCACAUUCAUUGUUCUAAACACACAAUGGAUUAUGAAUUUAUUUGUUAGCUUUCUACUUAUGAAAAGCCAUGUGUAAAACAUUCUGACAUACA